AUGCCGGAGGGGAAGUUCGCGAGUAACACCGUUGAGAACCCGCUCGGGCUGAACGCCAUUCUGGAGGCGGUGAUCAACGGGGACCUCGGCUUUCUCCUCGCGCACUUGACGCCACGCAACGCGAACAGCGCGGACGGGGUGCACCGCCUGCCGGCCCUGCACUGGGCCCUGGCCCUGGGCCGCCUGCCCAGCCUCCGCCUUCUGCUCGCAAACGGGGCCUCGAUCUUCGCCCUGGACGGGCUCGGCUUCAGCAGCCUGCACCGCGCGGUCUGGGGUGGCGACCCCGCGCUGGUCCGCACCCUGCUCUUCCUCUCCCCGCUCGUCGGGGAGGACAGGCCAACAAGAGGGGAGAACACCAUAAAGGGAAGUGACCCAACAGGGGAAAAUGACACAAAAGAUAACACAACAAAAGGAAGUGACACAAGAAGAAGUGACACAACAGGAGAUCACACAAGAGAUGGCACAAGAGGCGAAAACGCCAUAAGGGGAGGGGCACGACGAAGGGCGCCGACCUGGCGGGCGGGGGCGCAGCGUCUGGUGAACCUCCCCCACGCCGCGACAGGGAGGACGCCGUUGCUGCUAGCCGCCAUCUGCGGGAAUAUCGAGGUCGUCCGGAUGCUCUUGGACGAAUGCGGGGCGGAGCUUUCGGUGGUGGAUCGUAAUGGCUUUAGCGCGCUCGAUCUCGCCGCGCUUUGCGGGCAUGCCUCACUCGUCUCGAUGCUGAUUGAGGAAUCGGAAUUUAACCAGGUGCAGUUGAUUCCUCAGAGGUGUGUGGAGAGCAUCCAUGAGAAAUUACGCCAACGUGUAGAGGAUUUCUGUGAAACGGCGAAAUGCCUACAGCAGCGCGAGCAGCUGGACGAAAUCAAUCGGAUUGCUUGUAUGCCACUCGCGAGUCAAUCCUUCGCAGCCUCACAAUAA